AUGGUUGAAUUCUUCAAGUCUGGUUGCUAUGAAGUUGACCGAAGGAACUUCCCAAGUGUGAUGCAAGCAGUUUCAGGUGCACCGGUGGCUCCGGAUCGUUUCAUGCGAGAUGAAUUAACCUGCCAUCUUCAAAUCUGUGCCAUCGGUACCCUCUAUGGCGUUCCCAAGCUAUGCGAGCUUGCUAGGGACAAAAUCCAGAAGGUAUUCGGAGGGAAAUGGUUCGAUUCGGUUUUCCUUUUCACUGUCGCCGUUGUGUUGAAGUCAAAGGACCAUAAGCUGCAAAGGUUGCUUGUUACUCUUGCGAGAGGGCACUUGCAUUCCCUCACCACUUCAAACGGUUUCGACCAUGCAACGAUGCUAAAAAGCUUCCAUCCCAAGUUCAGAGACCAAGAUGAUAUUCUUCACCAAAGCGGAGAUCAACCCAAACCUACACCGGCUCCGACGACCCAGGACGAAAGCUCCACCAAGCUUGAGGCCCUCCGGAUCCAAGUCUCUUCCCUCAAACAACAAGUAAUAGCAGUGUCCCGUGAGCGAGACGAACUCCGCGACCAGUUUUCGGCUGCUUCAGUCAAAAAGGAAGAACUCUGGCAGAGCGUCGCAACUCUUGCCGCUGAGCAAGACCUGUUGCGGAAUGAGUUGUCAAAUGUUGCAGCCGAGAAUAAAGAGCUCCGAGAUAUUGCCGCGAAAGUGUCCACUGCGAGGGAUCAUGCUGAGCAAGUCAUGAGUGAUGCAAAGAACAAGAAGUCUUCAGCGGAAGUAAAAGCAGAAGAAAACGAAAAAAUACUCGAGACACUUCAACGAGAGCUGAGGGUCACAAGAUCCGAGAGUGGCUUGCUCAAGGCCAGAUGGGAUAAGGAGAAGACAAAGUCGUCCAUUCUGACUCAAGAGAACGACGACCUGAAGAAGUCUCUCGAGCUUGAGAGACGUAGCAGGGUCAAUAUCACGGAAUUUGCACGGGCCGAUGUUCGAAAUGCUCUCAAAGACGAGCAGAAGGUGGCAACAGACUUGACCGCGAGACUCACUCAAGCGUCACAAGUCCUUGAGACAGAAAGGAAGCACUCAGAAACUCUAGUGCAAGAACUCACUCAAGCCAAGAGAAACCUUGAAUCGGAAAGACAAAGCAAGACAGGCAUGUCCUUGAGCGAACGAGACAGAAUGCACGAAACUAUUGGGUCCCAGAGAAGUGAAAUAUCGGCGCUCGUUAAAGAACGAGACGAGAUCAAGAGGGAACUAAAGAUGGCAAGAACUGAGAGGAACAAUGAGAGUGACAGAAAAUGGGAGAUCACCAACAAGAUGAAUGCGUUGAUCCAAGCAAUGGACGAGUGGGAUGAGUGCCGUCAUUGCGGUGCCGAUUUUGGGACGUACGUGGAAGACCACGGCAGCACGCUAGUUCUGCGUUGCCAUUACUGUACAACUCGACACUGGGCGUGA